GACGCCAGCGGGAUGGAAAGCCGAUAUCACGUGAUAACUCUCCCAGGUGGGCUGGCUGAUUUGAUAAGCCGCCCGAAUCGGAAAGGCGCCCCUCCACAGUCGCCUCGCAUCCUUCCCGUCACCAUCCUGCGGCGCAGUCGCUCAUUGGCGGUUGGACCAUCGCAUCGCGACGCUCCGCCAAAUAUCCAACUACAAGCGACGGACGAGGACGCGCAACCUCCAUCAAAUCCUGCCCCGCGCUCCUCAAGUUUCAUCAAAAUACACGUCAAAUUGCGCCCAGUGGCCGCGGGCCUCCUUCGUCGCCCCGGUUCUGCGCCUCCAUCGCGCCCUGGGCCGACGUCAUCAGCUUCUGAAGCGCUCGCAACCACGUCUGAGCCCCCACCAGCCCGCGACCUCGGCCCCGAAGGGAGAUGGGCGUCAUUCGUAAGAAGACGGUGACGAGGGGGGGCGAAGGGGGUGUCAAAUAUGUUUGCGACGUUUGCUCGUCCGACAUCACGUCGACGGUCCGCAUUAGGUGUGCUGACCCGGCAUGUUCCGACUUCGACCUUUGCGUCUCGUGCUUUGCCAAAGGCGAGUCUCGAAACGCUCACGACCCCGCGAUACAUGCCUUUCGCGUGAUCGAGCAAAACUCGUUCCCCAUCUUCGAUCGCGAAUGGGGCGCCGACGAGGAGCUGCUGCUCCUAGAGGGCGCCGAGACGUAUGGCCUGGGGUCCUGGGCUGACAUCGCCGACCACAUUGGCGGCUUUCGCGACAAGGAUGAGGUGCGCGACCACUACCUAGCUACCUACGUCGAAUCUCCCAAUUUUCCCCUCCCGAAACGAUGCAGCCCCCACGACUGCGAGCUGGCCAACGAAGUGCGGCGCGAAGAGUUCCAGUCGCGCAAGAAAAGGCGUAUAGAAGACCGUCGUGAGGCAGCCAAGAAUGCCCCAGCCCUUCAGCCUAAGACCAAACCGACUGCGAGUGUUCCAAGCUGUCACGAAAUCCAGGGCUACAUGCCUGGUCGGUUGGAGUUCGAAACAGAAUACGCCAACGAGGCGGAAGAAGCCGUGCAGCACAUGCAGUUCGAUCCCGGCGACGGCGUUAACCCUCGGACCGGGGAGCUCGAACCGGAAAUGGAGCUCAAGUUGACCGUCAUGGAGAUUUACAAUAGUCGUCUCACUCAGCGUGUUGAACGCAAAAAGGUUAUAUUUGAGCACGACCUACUGGAAUACAGGGAAAAUACAAAAGUCGAAAAGAGGCGGAGCAAAGACGAAAAGGACCUAUUGCAAAAAGCCAAGCCCUUUGCUCGCAUCAUGAACCACAAGGACUUCGAGGACCUGAACCAGGGCCUCGUCGAUGAGCUGAAUCUGCGUCAGGCCAUUACCCAACUGCAGGACUGGCGAAACAUGCGCAUCGGCGACCUUAAGAGCGGCGAAAAGUACGAGACGGAGAAGGCUCAGCGCAUACAAAAGGCCAUACCUAUGGGAUCCAUGGAUAGGGAACGGCUUGCUUCGAAUCAACGGUCCAAGCAAGCUCCGCCUCCUGAUCCACCGAGCGGUGCCGCCCUCCUCAUCGCGCCAGAGCUGGCCAUCCGGCCGGCGCCCCAGACUAACGGUGAGGUGAACGGUGACAGCAAGCCUCUCACGAACGGACACACAAACGGCGUUAAUGGAGUAAACGGCCAUGCGCCUUCGAGGCCCAAGAUCACGCCGCAGGCCAUUUCCGGCGUGCAGCCUCUGCAGUUGAGCCAGGACAAUGCGCCAGACUUGCACCUCUUGACACCCGAGGAGGCUAAGCUUUGUGAAGUGGUGAGGCUGCAGCCCAAGCCGUAUCUGAUGAUCAAAGAGCAGAUCCUCAAGGAGGCCCUCAAGACCAAUGGCACUCUGAAGAAGAAGCAGGCCAAGGAGAUUUGUCGCUUGGAUUCUCAAAAGGGGGCGCGCAUUUUUGACUUUUUCAUCAAUGCCGGGUGGUUGGGUAAGGCUUGAGGAUUCAUGCGAUGAUUAAUGUUGCUGCGACGGCGUCAAGGAGGAUCGGCCCUGUAUUGUCUUGCAACACCCGUGGUGGCUAGCAUGGGUUUGUCUUGAGUUGGCUGGCUGGCGCUUCAGCGCCUGGUGGAGCCGGACAGCGUGUGAUUUUAAUGAUAUCCAUAGUCGAUUGAACAUGCUCGAAGCACGAGUUCGACCACG